GCAGCCCCCAUGAGCGUUGUGCUUACGCAUUUUGGGGAUCAAAUUAACCGAUUUCCAUCAUUUAUCCCUUUUUUGAGUAAUUAUAGUUAUAUCCUUACCAUUUGGAUAACACCCUAAACUAAUUACGAUUUUGUUCUUUUGACAGUGCCAAACGUUGGAAGAAUACACAUAUCAUGUCUUUGAACAAGUUCAUGCAUCCCAGAAACAAAUACAGGAACAAAAAGCCAAACUUCAAAGAUCUUGCUUCUGAAUAUCCUGAGUUUGCCAAACAUACUACGAGAGAUGACGACACGGGCAAAGUACAUCUUGACUUCAAAGACCCCAGUGCCCUCCGAGCUUUAACGAAAACCUUGCUGAAACAUGACUUCCAGCUGGAUAUAGACUUGCCUUCGGACCGGCUCGUUCCGACAGUACCACUUCGACUUAAUUAUAUCCACUGGAUAGAAGACAUUCUAGGCGACACAGAGGGGGAUAUAAGAGGAAUUGAUAUUGGGACAGGGUCUUCAUGUGUGUAUCCACUACUUGGCUGUCGCCUUAACAACUGGUCAUUUCUUGCCACAGAGAUGGAUCCACAGAAUGCUCACUAUGCGACCAACAAUGUAGAAAAAAAUCAUAUGGAAAACAUGAUCAAAGUGAAGAAGGUGUCAAAGGGAAAUAUUUUACUGGCAGCAGUGAAGGAUUCUACAGAAAGUUAUCACUUCUGUAUGUGCAACCCUCCUUUCUUUGCGGACCACCUCGAAGCGCAAGCAGUGACAACAUCACGCAGCGUCGACCGGGCUGAUCCAUUUUCUGUGAGCACCGCAAGUCCAGAGGAGAGCAUUUCUCAAGGUGGAGAAAUCAACUUCAUCUCACAGAUGAUAGACGAGUCUGUCACACUUAAAACACAAAUAAGGGUAUUCACAAGCAUGGUUGGGAAGAAAUCAAGUCUGCCUCAAUUAAAGGAAAAGCUUCGACUAACACCGGAUGUUACAUUUUCAACAACUGAGUUUUGUCAGGGCAAGACAAUGAGAUGGGGAAUUGCUUGGACCUUUGAUGAUUCUGUAUCAUUUCCAAAAUCUCUGUUCCACUCUAUGAAGAAAGAAAAGCCACCUCUGUCGUACACCAUUCCAUUUGGUGCUGGAGCCUGUUUGUAUGAGAUGGCCGACUUCACUCAGUACAUCAGAUCACUUCUUAACGAACUGCAAAUCAAGUACAAAGAAGGAAAAAGUAAUGCACCAUCUUCUUCCUGGCUUAUCACCGCUAAAGAAAAGUCAUGGCAAAAUCAGCGUCGUAAACGACGACAAAUACAAAGAAAGACUGAUACUCAGCAGAAAACAGAAACAUCUAAAGGUAUUUCUAAACAGACUAGCAGUCAAGUUGAUGCAAAAACAAACUUGAAAAGUAAAGAAGUGAUAGAAGACAGUGAUAAAAUGGAUGUUAGAGAUGAGAUAGAUCAGGUGAUUGACACUCAAAAUGAGACAGAUAAAAACACAAAUAAUACUUCAACAGAAACAGUGACCAUAGUUGAUAUUGUUAUUGAAAAAUGUAAACUGAAAACUGUUAAUUCUGACCUUGAGGUAAAACCGACAGCCUUAAGUACAGAUAAUUUAAACAAGAACAGUAAAAAUUAUGUUAUUACUGCUGAAAUAAUUGAAGACAACCAAGUUGUCAUGUCACAGUUGACAUCGACAAAACGCAAACAUGAGACUGCCAAUUCUGGCAAUCCUGUAAAACGUAUAUGCACAAAGGAUUCAGAAAGUAAAAAGAGUGAAGAUGAUGUUGUUGCUACCUCUAUAUCCACAACAGCUGUUGAAAGGAUUCUGGAAAAUCAACAUAAUAAAUCAAAUUCAAAAUCAAGGUGUGAAAAAGUAUCUGAAAAGCGCAAACGUAAGAUGAUCUAUUCUGAGCCAGAGGUGAAACGUAUUCACUUAAGUUCAGAAAUUUCAGAAUGCAAGAAGGGUAAAAACGAUGUGAUUACAACCGUUCCAACUUCUGGUCACACAACCGUGGACAAUCAAGUCGUGAAACCAUCAUUUGCAUCAAGUUGUGGGAAGGCUGCAGUGAAACCGAAGGAAGGAGGUGACUGCGUGUUGAAGUGUUACAUCAACCUGAAGAAAGUGGAAGAAGACUUUGUCCUUGAACUGGUGUGGGUUGAUGGUGAAAGCAGAGAGGUCUUGCACCAGUUGAUGCAGUAUUUCAAAAAUAAACUGAAGGCACCUGAUGCAUAAUACAUGGAGAAACAUUCAUCAAGUCUGUUUUAUGUAUGAAGAGUUCAUUUUCAAAAUCGAUAUAUAUCCAUUUAUAUUAAUUUGCAAAAAAAUUGAUUUUGCUGUAAUGUGACAUGGCAUAUAUCACAAAGCACAGUUUUAAGAUUCUUUUUAAUGGGCAUCAUUUGCAUUUUGGCAGAAAUUCUAUUGUCAGAUUGAUGAAUUGUACAAACAUCAUUAUACUUUCAGGCAUCGCUGCCAACUCCAAAAAUUUGAAAUUGUAUGCAUCAUAUUUUGAAAAUGAACUCUGCAUAUCAACAUUAACAAUUCUGCUUUGUCUAUCUGUCUGACACCAUAUAACCGUUAAUAAAAUGUGUUGAGUGGUGCGUCGUUAAAUAAAACCUUUCUUUCUU